AUGAGUCGGAGACUGUCUUACUCGGAGAAAGGAAAAGGCCCAUCUGAGCCUCCCCGAACAGCCAGAGUAAAAGUCCCACCCUUCGAUAACUCCAAGCUUCUGAAACAACAUUCGCUUACCCUCAUGGGAAGACUUACAAAUCCAAAGAUACAGAGGAUGUGGAAUCUCAUCCCCUUCUUCACGGAACAUUGGAAGGGUUCAGCAAACCCAAUCGGAGCAGACCUAGGACGAGACCUCUUUCAGUUCCAAUUCUCAACGGAGAAGGAUCUCCAAAACGUUCUGGAUAACAGACCCUACCACUUCGCUUACUGGAUGAUAAUUGUAGAAAGAUGGGAACCUACCACGCUUAGCUCUUUCCCCUUGCAAAUCCCGUUCUGGAUUAGGGUACAGGGUAUCCCUCUCCAUAUGUGUUCAGAGGAAACUAUGCUGAGUAUUGCAAAUGAUAUAGGCCACUAUGAAGGAUCAGUCAUUACAGCAACCUCAGCGAAGAUGAAAGUGCAAGUUGAUGGCCUCAAACCACUAAUCAUGUCUUCAAUGGUGGAAUUCGAAAACGGCGAUGAAGUGGAAGCGACCCUGGUGUAUGAAAAGUUAGAAAAGCACUGCACCAGCUGCUAUCGUCUGGAUCAUGAUGCAAAGGACUGCUCUCUGACUGAACCUCUAGCUCCUGAGGAGGUUCCGAUAAGAGCACAAAAACAUACAACCCAGAGAGAUGAACCCUAUCAGAGAUACUAUGAAGGUAAGGGGAAAGGCAAAGUUAGAGAAAGAGGUAGAUACGAUAGACAAGAUUCGGACAGAAGGUACCUGACAACCGGUUCCCUCCCCGGGACAGAGGGGACUCUCGCCACCAAUCUUACAAAGAUUCGAGGGCCCGAACAAACUUAUCCGAGAUGGAUAGAAAAAGGAAGACCUGCUCUUCACGAUCGAACUAGCGAGUCUCACGACCCCACCAUUAGGGAGAUUGCAAGACAGAGAAGGCCUCCUCUUGAUAAGGAACGCACUCCGGAGAGAUCCCCGGAAAGAUUACCUAGAGAUGCUCUAAAUUCGGCUCUGGGAGAGAUACGGGAGGUUAUGGUCCAAUAUUCUUCUUGUGCGGAUCCUUCAGAAAGUGCAGCACAUAAGGAACGCCUCAGACAAGCGGAAGAAACAGGACAACUAGAGGAAUCUGCGGCACAGAUGGUUAGGGCUUCUUUAGCCUCCCAAGCCGCUGCUACAGUUCUUUCUCGAGCUCUAGCUAGCCCAGAGGCCUUAUCCCAUGAUAGAAUCCCUGCGUCGCAAAGACUUGGUCCCACUUUUCUCACGACAGGGGACAUCAUUGAAAUUGAAAACGCUAAUCAAGAUUCUAACCUAGGGAAAAGGAAACGUGGAAGACCUGUGGGUAGAAAAACGGCUAUUAAAACGAAUACCUUACUUCAAGGAACCUCUUCCCGGAAGCGGAAAGUGUAUGCUGCAGGAUCUCCAAGAAAGAGAGGUUCUUCUGCCUCGCCAAAGGCUCUGAGAAGCAUCUCAUACCCGCCACCUUCAAAGUCCACUGGAGGACGUCAAAGGGUGGGAAACCCUUGGACAGAGCAUCGUCUCAAAGAAUUGAAAAAAAGAUUAGAUCCUGAUGUUAUUUUCUUAUCUGAGACGAAGAACCCCGAUGUGGUGGUGCUAAGUAAAGUCGAAUCUCUUGGAUACCACAGUCACGCUUUUGUUUCCCCGCAUGGAAUUGCCGGAGGAGGUUUAGCUCUCAUCUGGAAACCAAAUAUCCAACUUGAUGUUAUAUUUUCUUGUAUCAAUUACUUUGAUACUCGUAUUAGCUUUGAAGGCAAAAAUUUCUAUGCUACCUUUGUAUAUGGUGAUCCUGAUAGAGCUACUCGGAAGAGAAUGUGGAAACAUCUAAAUACCCUGAAUCAAAUACGAGAAGCACCUUGGUUCCUCACAGGAGAUUUUAACGAUAUAAUAGACAAUUCCGAAAAAGAAGGAGGAGUUAUUAGAGCAGAAGGAACCUUUGGGGAUUUCCGGACCUUCCUGUCCGAAGGGGAUUUGUUUGAUCUAAGACACUCUGGAAAUUUCUUGUCCUGGCGAGGCAAAAGAAAUGAUCAUCUCGUACAUUGCAGACUUGACAAAUCCCUGUCCAACAGCGAAUGGGCGGAGAUGUUUCCAUCUGGUAGAUGUGAAUAUCUAAGAUUUGAAGGCUCUGACCAUCGCCCUGUGGUUUCCUACUUUGAUCCUAACAGAUUAAAACAAAAAGGGAUGUUCAGAUAUGAUCGUAGGCUUAAAGAUAAUGAGGAAGUCACAUCCCUUAUUGCCAAAGUUUGGGAAGAGUCAUCAGGGGCAAACCUGAACCAAAAAAUCAUUCAAUGCCGCAAAGCAAUAGUGAUUUGGAGCAAAAACCAGCAGCUGAAUAGUCAAAAAUGUAUUGAAAAGCUAAAAGCUGGCAUUGAGGUAGAAAUGAGUAGUAGUUCUCCCAAUGAAGUGCUUCUAACUCAGUUAAAUGAGGAGUUGAGAAAGGCUUACGCGGCUGAGGAAGCGUUUUGGAAGCAGAGGAGUAGACAACAAUGGCUUCAACUUGGUGACCACAAUACCAGUUACUUUCACGCAGCCACUCGUGCCAGAUUCGCUGUCAACAAAUUCUCGGUAGUGGAAGAUGAAACAGGAAUAACAGUGUAUGAAGAAGACCAGAUGAUCCAAGUUAUCUCAGACUAUUUCCAACAUCUCUUCACAGCGCAACCUGUCAUGGAGGAUCAGAGAAGAUCGGUUAUAGAUUUGGCACUAAAUCCAUUGGUCUCGGAUGCCGAUAACAGAGAACUAAUAAAGGAUCCUUCACCUGACGAGAUUAAAGAGGCAUUAUUUGCAAUCCAUCCUGACAAAGCCCCUGGUCCAGACGGUUUUUCAUCUAGUUUCUUCCAGACCAACUGGAGCACCGUGGGCAAGGAUAUCGUGGCAGAGGUACAAGCUUUCUUCAUUUCCGGUAUUAUGCCGCGUAGCUCAAAUAGCACUCACAUCCGCCUAAUCCCGAAGAUCCUGGGACCAAAAAGAGUUGCAGAUUACAGACCAAUAGCUUUAUUUUCAUACUCAAUUCUCUUCAAUGGUGCGCCAAGAGGAAAUAUCUUACCUACUAGGGGAAUAAGACAAGGUGACCCUCUAUCCCCCUAUAUCUUCAUUCUGUGUAGCGAGGUCCUGUCUGGUUUGUGUAGAAGAGCCCAGAUCACGGGUAAAUUACAAGGAGUCAGAGUGGCCAGGGGAAGCCCACGCAUAAAUCAUCUCCUCUUUGCAGAUGACACUAUGUUUUUCUGCAAAGCAAAUAAGAAAUGCUGUCAGGAACUAAAGAAGAUCAUGGAUAAAUAUGCUGCAGUCUCAGGACAAGUUAUCAAUCUUCAGAAAUCGGCUAUCACCUUCUCUACUAAAACUCCACAGGAAACUCGCAAUCUUGUGAAGAGUCUAACUUUAAUAGACAAAGAAGGAGGCUCCGGAAAGUAUUUGGGCUUACCUGAACACUUUGGAAGGAGGAAGAAAGAUCUUUUCACAGCAAUUGUUGAUCGGAUCAAACAAAAAGCGUCUAGCUGGACUUCAAACCGGCUCUCAGGAGGUGGAAAGCUCACUAUACUGAAGAGUGUUUUGUCCGCUAUGCCUUCUUAUGCUAUGUCGUGCUUUCAACUCCCCCAGUCUCUCUGCAAGAGAAUCCAAUCAGCGUUUACUAGAUUUUGGUGGGACUCAUCUCCAGACAAGAGAAAAAUGUCUUGGAUAGCGUGGAAAACAAUGGCGAAACCUAAGCACCUAGGAGGAUUGGGUUUUCGAGAUAUCAAUAAUUUCAAUGAGGCUCUUCUCACUAAACUGGGCUGGCGAAUCCUUAAUAAUCCUAACUGUCUCCUAGCUAAAACUCUUGCUGGAAAAUAUUUUCACAGUACCUCGUUUCUGGAAAGUAGAGUCCCGGGAGUAGCUUCACAUGGUUGGAGAAGCUUAUGUGUAGGCAGAGACCUUCUAAUCCAGCAAUUAGGAUGGGUAGUGGGAAACGGGCAUUCGAUCAAGGUUUGGGAGGAACCCUGGAUCUCCCUAACUCAUCAUUGCCAACCAAUGGGUCCACCUACAAGAGAAGCGCAACAUUUAAAAGUGUCAGAUCUCUUCCUCCCUAACUCUUCAGAUUGGGAUACUGAAAAGUUGAAUCUUUAUCUCCCUGAGUACAAGGAUCAAAUUCUCACCUUGAAACCGAGCAAAUUAGGAGCUAAUGAUGAACGGCGGUGGCUAAAGAACCCGACAGGCGAGUACUCUACGCGGUCCGGUUAUUUAGUGGCGUCUGAACUAGCAGAAGAUAUCAGAGCACUGGAACUCAACACAACAAUAAACUGGAAUAAUCAGGGAGCAUUACCAGUGGGAACUCAGCUAGAGGCAAGAUGUAUUCCGGUUAAUCCAGUUUGCUGCAGAUGCGAAGAACCUGAAUCGAUUCUACAUCUUUUCUUCCAGUGUAGAUUUGCUCGAGAUGUAUGGGCAUCGGCUCCUUUCUCUACGACGAUCAAUCUAUCGACAGUUGGGACCUUUAGAGAAGGACUAGCCAUGGCCCAAAAACUUUUCACUCUCCCUCCGACAGGUUUGGAUAAAGGAUGCUUGUAUUCGUGGAUUUGCUGGAAUCUUUGGACUGCUAGAAACCAAAAAAUCUUUGAAAAUAAGAUUUUUACAGUGGAAGAAACUGUCCUUAAAGCAAUUCGGGAUGCAAGAGAAUGGAUGGGAGCUCAAACCUCAGGGAUUUGUCGAAACAUCUCUCGGGGAUGUCCAUCGUCUUCAAAUCAGAUUAGAGGAUCAAUCACUUGCUGCACUGAUGCAGCUUGGCUAACUGAACAAGGCUCAGUUGGAUCCGCAGGACUCGGUUGGAUUUACUCCUCCGGCAAAGAGCUAGUCUCUUCUCACUCCGCGGCAUUAUCUUCCGUUCCCUCUGCACUGCAAAUUGCAGAAGCCCUAGCUAUUCGUGAAGCGCUUUUCAUGGCAGUAGAAAAGAAUAUCAGAUCUUUAACUCUGCAAUCGGACUCAAUUAUCUUGAUCAAGGCGAUCAAUUCGAAGGCUCAGAUUUUGGAAGUCCAUGAAAUUCUGGAAGACAUCAGAAUAAUCGAAAAUGCGUUUUCUUUUCUUAAGUUUAAGUUUAUUCCUCGUCUGUCUAAUGUUAAGGCUGACCUUGUAGCCAAACACGCUUUGAGAACUUUCAGAAGUUCGAUAAGCUAA